GCGUAACGAAAGACUGUCACACAUUCUGUUUCCCGGUAUUUUCCGAAUGACGUUACAACUACAAGUCGGUGCCGAUCGAUUCCCGACUAGACCCUGGUACUAUUCUGCCGCUCACAGACACUGGAGGACGGACAGACAUGAGUAGGCGAUAACCGAGUGCAUCUGAACCAAACCAGACAGUGUUUACUACCACUUCCCGCCACCCUGAUAAGGGAUUAGACUUCAACAUGCGGUCACAAACUAGAGGCUAUCCGUCAGUUUAUUAUCGCCCUAACGAAGCUCUGAGCAUGACACAAACUUCAAGGGGAGAGCACCAGUUAAGCAGCCCCCGUGCACAUACUAUAGACUUUGGCUUCAACGAGCGCCUGUCUGUUGAUGUCCGGGCUGAAAAUGUCAGCUACAUCGUUAACCCCAAAAAGAUGUCAAUUCUGCACCGUUUGGGAGCGCUGCAGUUACCAUGGGAAUGGAGCGAUGACGCUGUGCCCCAACAGGUGCUGGAGAAAGUGUCCUUCUCUGUCAAAAGUGGACAGAUGUUGGCCAUUCUGGGGACCUCAGGAAGCGGGAAGACGAGUUUGUUGGACGUUUUGGCGGGAAGGAAUGACGGUGGGGGUGUGGAGGGCGAGAUGUUUCUGAAUGGCGUACCGUGGACGCGCCAAAUGGUGCGCUCCUGUUCCGCUUACGUCAGACAAGACGAUCGUCUGCUUGCGCACCUGACGGUCAAGGAAACGCUGAUGUUCGUGGCACAACUGAAACUGCCAUCGUCUUUUUCCAAGGAGGACAUAGAACAUAGGGUGGAUGGUGUGAUCUCAGAACUUGGACUUAGACAUGUCUGGGAUACAAAGAUCGGCAACGAGGAAAGCCGAGGUGUUUCCGGAGGAGAGAGGCGAAGAGUCAGCAUCGGAAUACAGAUGCUACUGGAUCCUAGUAUUCUGUUCCUGGACGAACCAACGUCCGGUCUGGACUCUUUCACGGCCCACAGUUUGGUGGAGACCCUGUCCAAGAUGGCGCAAAACACCAGAACGGUCCUGAUGUCCAUCCAUCAGCCCCGGUCCGACAUCUUUGAGCUGUUUGACUUGGUAAUGAUCCUGUCUAGGGGAAGGAUGGUUUAUUUCGGGAAGGCGACAGAAAUGGUGCCCUACUUUACCUCCAUUGGCUACCCCUGUCCCUCGCUCACUAACCCGUGUGACUAUUAUGUUGACUUGGGAACAGUAGAUCCUACCUCUGACGAAACAGAGCGGGAGACGAAGCAAACAGUGAACAAGCUAAUCAACAAUUACGAGAAUCUUGUCGACCAGACGCCACGGGAACCGGAAGAGCUCUCCAAUCUCAGCUUCCCCGUCAUGUCCACCCUCAACAUCACGGACCAGUCCCCCGGCCCCUUCAGACAGUUCUCAGUGCUGUUCGGGCGGUGUACCCGGAACCAGAUCGAAGACUACAUGUUGGUGCUGGCGCAGUUUAUCCAGGCCCUGUCCAUGUCGGUAGUGGUGGGGAUGAUCUACUUCCGGCUUGAGAAAGACCAGCAGACGGUCCGAGACUGGUUCGGUCUGAUGUACAUCAUCGGCGCCAUGUACCCCUACCUCGUCAUCCUUGACCUCAUCGCCGUCUAUCACAAAGAGCGGAAGCACCUGUACUAUGAAUUACAAGACGGGCUUUACGGAACUACGCCCUAUUACUUCGCCAAAGUGUUUAGCGAGUUUCCGUUACACACGUUUUUCGUGGUGACGUAUACCAUCCCUGUCUACUUCCUGGUCGGCUUCUCGCUGGACGUGUGGGUGUUUUUCCGGGUGUUCGCGCUGAAUUACCUGAUGGUGUACUGCAGCCGCUCCCUGGCCAUGCUCUCCUCCAGCCUCACCCCAACCUUCACAAUGUCAUGCUUCAUUGCACAGACCUUCUUCUCCAUGUACCUCAUGUCGGCGGGGUUCUUCAUCAACCUGGAGAAUAUAUUUGAAGGUCUACAGUGGGUGUCAAAAGUCUCUUACCUCAAGUGGGGAUUUCAGGGACUGUGUCAGACGGAGAUAUCGAGGUUCAACUUCACGUGCGCCUCUGGUGACCCCCGGCAGUGUAUCAACACCGGGCAGCAGGCGCUUGCGCUGUACUCCCUGAACGGGAGCAGUGUUUCCGACUCCUGUCUGGUGAUCCUGGCCUCAAUAUCCGUGUAUAUGGUGCUCUACUUCAUUGCCCUCAAGUUCAUUCCGCAGAAGCCACAUCAAGAUUAAUUUAUUUGUAAAUCAAAAGACAUAAGCAUAUCUGUGAGUGCCUUUUCUUCGAAAAAGGUUUUAUUCUAAGAUACUCGAUCAGAGGUUCACUGAUCACCUUUAUUUAUAUUUGCUCGGGUUAUGAACUGGAGCUUCUAGUAAUUGACCCGUCCGUCAGUUUGUUUGUAAAACUAUUGUGAUCCCACUGCAAUAUUUGAGUGGCGGAUCAAAAGGGAUGAUACAGUCGGACUGUAGGUUGUUUGGCGUUUCAAUGAUUUGAUUGUCACAUGACUGUUUGUGCCAACCCCUACCCCCACCCCACGAUAAAGUGAUGACUCUGCAACAAGCCAUAAAAGCUGUAUAGUGAUGAGAUAUUUUAUCUUUCUCCAUAAUUGCCAUCACUUAAGAAGUUACAACGAUCGCCUUGAAGGCACGUUUACUUGUAUGUCAAGUGAUUUUUUGUUGUGAUUUUCACUUUGAGAAAAUAAAGUUAAUUUAACACAC